AGAAGAAGAAAUGGUUAGCUCCCUUAAUUUGGUAUAAAACGUCAUAAGUUUUUGUGAAGUAGGAGUACCUGUGGUACACAAUGACCACUACACAAUCAGCAACAGCUCGAAUUCAGCCAAAGAAACAAACUUUAGAAGAUGCCUAUUCACCCCCUGCCAAUUUCUUAGAGAUAGAUAUUGCUGAUCCUCAAACUCAUGGGGUCGGGAAAAAACGAUACACAGACUAUGAAGUCAGAAUGACGACAAAUUUACCUGUAUUUAAAGUAAAAGAAUCUGGUGUACGAAGAAGAUAUAGUGACUUUGAGUGGUUACGGAAUGAAUUAGAACGAGACAGUAAGAUUGUUGUACCACCACUACCUGGUAAAGCCCUGAAAAGACAGUUACCAUUCAGAGGGGAUGAUGGAAUAUUUGAGGAUGAAUUCAUUGAAGACAGAAGAAAAGGACUUGAACAAUUUGUAAACAAAGUUGCUGGCCACCCCUUAGCACAGAAUGAAAAAUGUUUGCACAUGUUUUUGAUAGAACCAGUGAUUGAUAAGAACUAUGUACCUGGGAAAAUAAGAACAACUUGAGAUCACCAAAAGAACACCAUUUUAAUGUUGUGAAUAUUUCUGUACAUUUUAUUCUGUUUUAUAGAGUUAGACUUUGUAUAAUUAAGGACAUACUUAAAAUGCACUACCUUAGUAUUUCGUUUUUUCCUACCAAUUAGUGUAUUCAAAGAAUAAGAAAGAAAAAAGAAAAAUUCAAAAUAUUACACAAAAAAAUCUAUUCAUAAUGAAUUUCUUUUAUUUUUAUAUACAUAUAAGCAAACAAGGUCUUGCAUGAAGUAAAAAUGAAUGAUUGCCAAUAAUUAUUGCUUUGUGUAAACAUGAUGUACAUUCACAAGUAGACUUUUGUUUACAAUUUUUUUUGCAAUUUAUUUGAAUAAUUUUUUAAUUGUAAAGUUAACUAUAAUCAAAUAAUAUAUAUAUUAUGUGUAUGUGUUUUAUAAAUAUACUUGCUACACUGUAAUAUCUGAAUAAUUAAGUUCUGUAUUACCAAGAUAUUAUGUUUACUUAUGUAAAUUAACACAUUUUUUUCACAAUAAUCUUGAAAACAAACGCAUAUUACUGUUGGAUGGUAAUAACUAAAACAUGGAUUUUUGAUAGACCUGUAUCAAAAUUAAGUUACUAAAUUGUAACCUCACUUUCACCAUAAUAAAAGAACAAUUUUUUCAAGAUUAUAUACAAGAUGACAUUCCAUUAUCAUUUGUUUCGAGACAGUUUUAGUUUUAAGGUUAUGGCUCUUAUUUUUACUGAUUUUUUUUUUUAUUAAAAUAUAAUUAUUCAACUUCAGAAUACACAGUUAAUCAAAUUUAUUUGAUGGUCAGAUUCACUUAUAUCUUAAUAUUGUAUAUUCACUGUACAAUUGAGUGUUAGAAUACAGAUACUGUAAAUUCACAGAUUUGUGUGUACAUUUAUUUUUGUGAAUGUUGAACAAAGAUCACAAAUGCCAGUUUAAUUCAUUGCGAUGUUUUUAUAAAUGCAAAUAAUGUGACUGGAAGAAUAUCACAAUGAUAACUUACAUUCUGAAAUCUGAUGGGAUUUCAGAUUCAUCACUCAACAACUUCCUAUUUACCUUAUACUAUUAGUGGGGUGGGGUAUCAUUAGUGAGCAAUAGCUCACAGACAGAUUCAAUUGUUAAUCUCGCCUAUGUUCAUUUUUCAAAAAUCGCAACAAUUUUGCAAUUUGCAGUUUUCCUAUUUCAAGAAAUGCUGCAUACAAAGAACCCCAUCAAAAUUUAAAAGGCAAGUUUUGAUUUUUGUGCAGAUAUCUCAUUGCAAUUUUAAAUGUAACAAAAACAUUACAAAACUUUCUGAAUUUAUAAUACUGUAGUUGAUUUUAAUGUGAUUAAAAGGGACGAUAUCAAUGACAGGAUCGGACUGACACAUAUAAUCACUAUAAGCUGUGAAGACUAACUUUAAAACUUAAUACAUGAUAGAAAUUUUAUAUCUUAAUUGAUGAGUUACAAAAUGUUGACAUUGUUUUCCUAAAAGCUAUCCCACCACUAGCGCUGCUGAUCAAUCUGCAUGAUUUUGUCCUUUCCAGUACAAGAACCUACAAAAUGUGGGAUAUGCAUUUUUAGUUACAAUUCUUUUAAGAACAUAAAAGAAUAUGAAGUAAAACAGGAUAAUAAUAAUUUUCAAUUUUCAGAUAUCACUCUUAACCUUGGCUGUUAUGAUAUACAGGAAAAUAUUCUGGAGGAUCGAGUUAACCCAAUAUAAUCACCAUUACCCAGUAAUACGGGUAUGCAAUUGGGAAAGAUGUUAACAGUGAAUAAACUUUGUAUGUGUACAGUAAAUAUAUGUCAGUAAUUUUAAUAUGUGUUAGGCCACACUUAAAAAUAUUUUGGUUUGCCCAAACCCUACCCAAAGGUUGAGACAGUGGGUAGGUAGGUAGGCAUUUUCUUUUUUUUAUUUCAAAAAAAGAAAUUGAAGUAUCAGAUGUUAGUAAGUCUUCAUGCCUAUUUGAUUAAAAAAAAACUUCUUCAAAUCAGGACAAUAAAAGAAUUUGAGUAGGCAGCUUUUUUCUGGGUAGGUAGCGUUUGGGCAAACAAACCUAUUUUUUAUUUUGGCCUUAGUACAUUGCACUCAAUUAUUUCCUGGGAACCCUUGACAUAGGGCAUUAUUAAGUUUAGUUAUGUGUGGGGCCGUAAUAACAAGCAAAUUUUACAAGUUAAGCAUCAAAACUACCAGUACUAAAACAAAUAAGAUUUUGCAAAGUUUGAAUCAGGUUUUUUUAUAUUCUUGAUUCUGGAGAACAAAGUUUUUUUUUCAAUAAAAUAUUUUCACACAAACUUAAAGGGAAAAGUCCAUUUAAGAUAUCUAUUAUUUUCUUGCAAAUAUUGAACCGGUAACUGUAAAAGAGGAACAUGUACAAAAUAUACAAUAAAACUUGUGGUUCAAAGAAAUAUUUAAAGCUUCUUUAAGCCAUUAAAAAAGAUAACUCACUCUGCGGUGAAUUCAUUUAAAAUUGAAAGUGAGAAAGGGAGACAUUUUUAUAUUUUUUUAAAACUUCCUGGCAUGUCAUGAAUUCAAAUACAAGCUUGAUUGACAGAAUUUUGUCUAAAAUACAAUAGACAUCAUUUUGAAGAGAUUUAACUUUUGACAUAAAAAAAUCCAGAUUGCUAUUUAUAAUUUGGAGCUUAAUGGAAACGGAAUGACAAGUCUUUAGAUUGUACCAGAAGCUAAUACAUUGUAAUCAUUUUAUUUUUAAUUUGAGUAUGUAUGGAAUAAAUUCAUAUGUUUAUGUAUUGCUUUUUCAUCAUGGUAUUUUUCCCUGACCAAAAACAGCUGGUACAGUAUUUUUGGCCAGAUAGUGUAUUGAGAUUUUAGAUUGUAAUUGUAAAAUGAUGAGAUUUGUGUAAUCAUCUUGACCAUAGAAUUUUAUUUGGAAAACAGAUGUCUAUUAGACAUAUUUCAUAAGAGAAGUUAUUGAGGAUCAAAUUAUCAAAUGAAUUUGGAAAUUCGUACAGGUUCUUUUUAUAUUGGUAUCGUUGAAGUUUGAAUGUCAUAAAGAAGUGAGCAAUUUGUUGUAGAAGAACGUGAUAGAACAUGUUUUGUAACUGUUGUUUAAGGUACACUGUAGUCUUUUCUCCGAGAUUAUUUUAUGAAGAGGCUGAAAAAUAAAUAUUUAUUAUUUUGA